ACUAUGAAACCCACUCGAGACUCGUAUUUUCACCAUCAUAGACGACAAAGCAGUAGUAGUAGUAGUAAUAAUAAUAAUAAUAUUCAUCACCUUCCUCCAUCACCGUCUGUUAUACCAACAACCACGGCAAUAAAAGGCAACAAGUUACGAGGGAUCCAUAUCAACAUUAGUUCAGAUCCUUUCCAACAUCGGAUCCCAGCAUUAUAUCAACUAUGGCAAGACAGUCCAUGGAAACAAUACACAAGCAAGCUGCGACGAAAAUACAGUGCAAAAAUGGUGAUACUUGGAUUGGUAGUUCUAGUGUUUAUCUGUAUCAUCUUAUUACGUCAUGUUGGCUUUUUUAGUGGCAAGAAAUACCAAGACUGGGAACGGCAUGACCAUCGACAUGGUUUUGAUGAACAUGCUGAUGAUUAUUUAGAUGAAGUAGAUCUUUUAGAACAUAUGGUACCUGAAGCUGGGAAGGGACUGACGGCCUUGAUCAUUGUACUACCACAAAAUAACAACAAUGAUUUGAAGGAUGUAUUAUCUUCUUUAUGUGAUUAUGAUAUGUUUGGUCAGGUGCUUAUUUGGAAUAAUGACCCUCAACAGCAACAACAAGUGGAUCUUUUACAACGACAAUGUAACAAAAUCACCAUCCAUCAUUCUCCUAUAGAUUUAAAAUCAACUGCUCGAUAUAUGGCUUGUACAAUGGCGAAAACACCUUAUUGUUAUUUCCAAGGCAACCAUAAUAAAACUCAUUUACGUGCUAUUUAUGCCAACUUUUUACGUUCACCUAGUUUGAUCCAUGGGGAAUCAACGACACUUGAUCAUUAUACGGCUAGUCAAUGGACGCAUUGUUUUUGGUAUGAGCCGGUUGGAUUGAACGCAUGUUAUCUUUCUCCCAUGGGGAUGUUUGUGACCAAGGACAUGGCAGCGACAUUUUUACAUCAAAUGGAACUUGAUCCGGUGGAUCCUGAGUAUGCAGAUAUGUAUUUUACAUUGUGGAUGAAUCAAGGUGGGUCUUAUUUAUUACAAGGCAACAACGACGAAGAAGAAGAGGAGAGUCAACGAUUGACGACACAGGAAAUGGAUCAUCUUCAGCAUGGACUACGCACACUUUAUAAUAGCUUGAAACAUCGGAAUGGGAUUUUUACUGAACAACAACAACAAGACGAGGGACGUGUACGAGAAGAAUUGGAAGCAAGGAAUGCAAAGGCGGUAUGUGCUGAUGGACGAUGUUUGUUCCUGACAAAUGUACAAUCACUUCCUUCACUUGAUCUCUUUUCUCAUCAACCUAUGACAAUGCAUGUUCAAGAUGCGAUUCGGUUACAUCAAGAUUAUUAUUCUGGUCAAGGAUCCUUAUUAGCAAAUCAUACGUAUCUCUAUGCAGUGGAUGGAAGGGAUGAUACAGCUUGGAUGUCACCUGAAUAUAUUCAAAAAGGAGAUUCGAUUGGAUUGGAUUUAUUGAUCCCAGUAAGGAUUCCUUUACGAUAUCGAAUACUUGUAGAUCAUCCUUAUAGUUAUCAUCGAGCCAUUCAAUUGGAAAUGUCCUUUGAUGGUUCGUUAUGGAUGACCAUUCGACCUCCUCAAAUGACGUGUUUUUCCUUGGAUCAACGUAACAUUGGCUCAUUAUUGGAAUGCAAGUUUACUAUCUCUGAAACAGGUUAUCGAUUCAUUCGAUUGGUGGCUCGGCAUGAUCUGGAUUAUCGAUUUAUGGUAUAUGAUCUUUCUUUCAGUGCAAGAGUCAAACGUGACAAAAAUGGUCAGUUUUUGGAAAAUGCUGCUGAUGAUAGAAUGGCGUUUGUAGAAGAUUAAUAUGAUUAGAUUUUUUUUAUGUACAUAUCAAUAAAGACACACCCAAAGGAAAAAGCAAAC